UGCCUGGAUCAGGAACUUGAGUCUGCCUGGUUCUGCCUUCCAAAGCUCUGUCCAGGUCGAUCUUAAAGUCAGCUCUACUGGCCCAGUUCAUCCAAGCUCCCUAUCUGCGUAUGGCUGUUAAAUAAACUAAUUUCAUCAUGGUUUAAAUAUGUAUUUUGGAUGACGAAUGAAUAACAUUAGGUUUCUCACCAAAUAUAAGAUGUAUUUAUGUGGUAGAAUAAGAAAUAUUUAAAUAAUGGCUGGAACAAAUCUGUACAGUAGCGUUCUCAUAUCACGACCACAUUUAUUCAAGAAGGUUUCUGUCAGUUUUUUAUUCGUGAUGAUCAGGACAAUAAAACAACUGCAUUUGUUUAAAAUGCAAUACAAGAAAAUAGCUGAAACUGUAUUAAAAUGUUGAGACUGAAUCCCAAUUUCGUCUUAUCUAACACAAUGAAAAUACGCUGGAAAGUUGGUUUAACAUUUUAUCAAUCAUCUAACAAACUGUUUGAGGCUUCAUCCCCUCAUGAAAUCCUUUGAAUCAUCGUCUUCAAAGAGCAAAGAGCAGCGCAGCAGGAGAAAUGACAAAACCACCAGAGAGAAUUAGUUAGGAAGGGACAUCACAUGUGUGCACAUAUUCCGAAAUAGUGAUAAAGAAGUCAAACAGCCCCUGUCCUGAUAGAUAUGAGUGAAACCAUUGACUGGUCGUGGAGCAACUGGGGGAGUUUGACCCUGGAUGACUUGGUGGUGAUUUGUGAUGGAGACGCCUUCAUAUCCUUGCCUCUGUUUAUCAAGAGAAGAGAAAUCCUGAUGUCGUCCUGCUUCAUGUUCUGUGGCGUGAGGAGGACCUCAAAUAAACCACGUGGGCUGGACUUCAGAUGUGGCCCCUCCCGUUGUCAUAGCCUAUAAAUACGACGGGAGGGAAUAUUAUCAGUUCGUCUUCUAGGUCCAAGCGCAUUUAUUCUAUUAAAGUUGCACUUUCACUUCUGUGCAACUGGACAAAAAACUGCGCAUCCAAUGGAGACGACGGAUGAUUCAGUGAAGCAGGUGAACCUUUCCAGUGAGGAAACAAUAUCCCCUCAAAUGGAUCUGGAGGCCACUCUGAAGGAAUGCGGCGCCGCCCUCGACCUCUUUCUGAACAACAGGUUCGCUGAUGCACUGGCUGUUUUGAAACCCUGGAAGACACAGAGCAUGUACCACGCCAUGGGCUACAGCAGCAUCUUGGUGAUGCAGGCAGGCAUGACCUUUGACCCAACCGACAUGGAUGCCGCCAUGACGUCACUGAGAGAAUCCCUGCAGACGUGUCAGGGAUUUCGGAAAAAAACGGGAUUCAUGGAGACACUGACCAGCAUGUGGUACAGACAACCAGCUGACACUAUGACGGAGGAGGAGGUGCAUGCGGAGCUGUGCUAUGCUGAGGUUCUGCUCCAGAAGGCAGCGCUCACGUUCCUGGAUGAGAGUAUCAUCGGCUUCAUCAAGGGCGGAAUGAGAAUACGUAACAGUUAUCAGAUUUACAAGGAUUGCCAGGCCAUGGCCCUUGUUGCAAAAGAACUGGAAAAACAGAAGAGUACACACGUUCAUUUUCGAGGAGGCGUCAACAUGGGCAUUGGAUCCUUUAACCUGAUGCUGUCUCUGCUUCCAGCCAAAGUCAUCAGGCUGAUGGAGUAUCUGGGCUUCUCAGGAGACAGGGAGUUGGGCUUAUCGCAGUUGAGAGAAGGAGCAGCCAGCAAUAGCCUACGCUCGAUCCUCAGCACCCUGACCCUGCUGAUGUUUCAUCUCUACAUCACAGUCAUACUCGGUACUGGUGAAGGAGACCUGGUCGAGUCUGAAGCUUUGCUUGAACCCUACGUCAAAAAGUUCCCGAAUGGGGCGCUCAUUCUUUUCUACACUGCGAGAAUUGCAUUGCUCAAAGGAAACUUCACCUUUGCCCAGGAGAAGUUCCUGGCGUGUAUCGCAGCACAGCAGGAGUGGCAUCAGAUCCACCACCUCUGCUACUGGGAGCUGAUGUGGGCCUACUCCUUUGAACAGAACUGGAAGGAGGCGUAUCGAUACGCUGACCUCCUCUGCAAAGAGAGCAAGUGGUCCCAGGCUACGUAUGUGUACCAGAAGGCUGCCAUCUUGAGCAUGCUCCCGGAGGAAGAAGUGACCGAACUGGGAGAAGACGUGGUGGAGUUAUUCAGGCAGGUGGAUGGUCUCAGACUGAGGAUCGCUGGGAAAUCCAUUCCAACAGAGAAGUUUGCAGCAAAGAAGGCCCAGCGAUACUUGUCCUCCAGCCCUGUGAAACUGGUCAUCCCUGCAUUGGAAAUGAUGUACGUGUGGAACGGCUUCACAAUAGUUGGAAAAAGGCCCGAGCAGACUGAAGGCAUCUUGAACACCUUGGAAAAAGCCGAGCAGCAGCUCAGAGAUGAUCCAAACCCAUCGGAGUAUCACGUAGACGACCUGUGUGUCGUCCAGCUGCUGAAGGGCUUGUGUCUCAGAGAGUUGGGUCGUCUGGUCCAGGCUGAGAAGUGCUUCAACCAGGUCAUCUCCAGUGAAAAGGAGAUCAAGCAUGAUAAUUACCUGGUGCCGUACAGCAUGUAUGAGCUGGGCCUGGUGCACAGGCAGAAAGGCGACAUCAAGAUGGCCACCUCAGUGAUCGAGAAUGUCAAGCUGAACUACAAAGACUACAACAUGGAGUCCAGGCUUCAUUUCCGCAUCCAUGCUGCGCUCAACACAAUGGGCUCCUAUUCGGCCAAACUCCCCCCUUCGCGUACUCCAGCAUAAAGAUCCCAGGAAAGUCUUCACGAAAAGAAGGUGGUGAAGCCAGAGACUCUCGCUCUCAACUCUCUGUGCUUCCCUACGCUGUGUUGUGUUGGCUGAACUUGAACUCGUCCAGAUGGGGCCUCAACGCAGCCAUCACAGAGCGAUGUCUAAAAAGUACAAAACUGGUCUAAAAAUAAAUCUGUAGAAGCAACCUCGGAUGUUGAUCUACUGAACUUCCCUAAAUUGUUUCCAUUGAAUCACACUACAGCUUGUCAACACUUCAGGAUAUUCAGAGAUUUUACUCGUCUGUUGUUUUUACAUUAAAUCAACGCUUUCUUGAGAUUAGAAUGAUGAUGAUGCUAUUUUUUAUAAAUGUUCAUGUUUUAGUACAGUUCAGCCUUUCAAAAUAUAUUGUUAUUCACUAAUUUGUUUGUGAGUCUUGUAAUAUAAAAGACAUGUUGUCUAUAUGCAAA